UUUUCUUUAGUGCUGUUUCCAGUCGGACGCAAUACAUAGAGACACCACCUGGUUUCCUAGCAACCACCCCUGUCUACGAAGAAAUGGCGAAAUUUGUGCUUGCUGGUAAAACGGACUGUCCUUAUUAUGCCAAAGCAGAACUUUUAGCAGACAAGCUGCAGCGAUCACUGCCAAACUUCAGAGUCCACAAGAUCUCCAUCCAUCCGGACCGAUGGCAGGAAUGGCUGCAGGCAACCUGUCAAAGAAGAGGCUGGAACCAUGAGCAGUCCCCUUUGAUUUGGAGAGAACUGGUGAACCAGGGAGGCAAAGGAACCCUACUCGGCGGCUUUAGUCACUUCUUAGAGCAUUGUCAGGAAUAUUAUGGCGUCACAUCAGAUAUGUCUUCAGACAUGAUGCAGAGCAUUGCAGCAGAGAAUCUGAGAGCUCAGAUGUGCCAGAUUAUGAAGGAGCGGCAUCGGCUCGGCCUCAUCCGUCCCCUUCACAUAUGGAUUACAUGUGCUCUGAACCCAACCUGCUACCUCCUGAUCCCCCAUCUGCUCUGCUCUGAGAUGUUCCCACACAUCUCCGCGAUCAGCCUCCACCUUCUGGAUGUGGAGGGGAAUGAGGAUGAUUUGCAGGCCCUGAGAGUGGAGACCGAGGCACUAGCAGCUCCCCUGCUCCAUCAGGUGAGCAUUCACACUGAUCUGGGACAGGCCUUCCAGGAAGCAGAUGUUAUUCUGCUGCUGGAAGAGCGGUGGCCCGACAGCGAGGAAGAAAAGACAAAGAGAAUCUUGGCCCGCUAUCGAGAGUAUGGACAAUUGAUGAACACAAGGGCCAACAAGGAGGUGAAGGUGAUUGUGUCCGGUGACUCAUUGGUCAAUCUGAGGUGUUCACUGCUCCUGGACAGUGCUCAGUCCAUCGAUAACCGCCACUUUGUUGCUGUGGCAACCCAGCUAGAGCAUGAAGCUCAGGCCAUCAUUGCAAAGAAGUUGAAAGUGAGGACAUCAGAUAUUAAAGAUGUCAUUGUGUGGGGGAACAUCAGUGGUAGUUUUUACAUCGACCUGCAGAGGGCAAAGGUUGUAAACUAUGAAGGGGCAAUCAAAGGACCACCUUCCUUUUCCCAACCAGUUCUUAAGCUUCUGUUUGACAGGAAAUGGUUGAAAGAAGACUUUCAAAUCCUUGUAAGUGGUCGGCGUGCAGCUGUGGGUUCUGAGGCCCAUCGAGCAGCUGCCAUGUCUGCUGCUGAUGGAAUUCUCAGCACUCUUAAAGCUUGGAACGGGACUUCAAGUCCACAGGAGAUCGUCUCUCUGGGUGUUCUGUGCCAAGGUCAGUUUGAUGUCUCAGAAGACAUCGUUUUCUCAAUCCCAGUGACCUUCACGGAGGGUAAGUGGUCCGCUGUGGUAGACGUGACCAUUGAAGAUGAGCUGAAAGAGAGACUAGCACGAUUCAGUAAUGAACUCAGACAGGAAAGAAGAAAUUUGACAUCAUUGGAGUCGUGAAAACAUUCACCUGCCUCCUAAUCGGCACAAUGUGCAAGAAAAGAACUCGGUUUAACGUGAUCCAGAUCAAUAUCAGCAUCUUUGCUUCAGUUUGUUCUUUUAUUCUCUGUCACAGAGUUUCAUUUUUACUGAACCAGAUUUUAAUAACAAUAAAUCUUUUCUGCUUUGUGAAA